UCCACCGAGUACUAAUAAUGAUGUCCCAGCUGACCGCGUAAAUUUAAUGAUAUGGUGUAUUUUGUAUUGAGAUUACAAUAGUUUAUGAUCGUAGUCUAGUGCUGAUAUUGAAACAUGGCCAGUGUCGACGAGGAUGUUUUUAAUGAAAAACUAAACGAAUUAGUAAAUAGACGCAGCGGUAACAGUUUGAAUUACCGUCGCGAUAAAUACGUACGUUUGCUGGAAAAAAUUAAGCUUUGUAGAUCCAAAACAGCUGCAGUACCAAAAAAUUCACUCGAUUUUCGAAUUUAUAACAAAUUGAAAGUCGUGAAAACGAACGAAGGCGAGAGGAUUGCGACGAAUCCUUCAUCGCCAAAAUUAAAAUCACUGAUGCUAGUGCCAAUCGAGGAAAUGUACGAUAUUUUGCUAAACUGUCACAUGAAUUUGGGCCACGCUGGCAGAAUUAGAAUGAUGUCUCAGAUAAAAAAGAAAUACAAAAAUAUUACGGCUCAAAUAAUAUCACUAUUCAUAUCUCUAUGUACAACUUGCAAGAUUAAACGUCAAAAUUAUUCCAAAAUGCAGCCAUAUAAGAACAAUCGCGCCGAAAAACAGAAUAUUGUACAAGAAUCAUUGUUUGCACACCCAGAGCUUUAUUCUAGGGGUCAAGUGGAUCUAUUAUAUGUUAAUAAUGUGGAGGACAAAGAAUACAAAUUCUUGAUGAUCUAUCGAAACUUGGCGACCAGAUUCACGCAUUUAAAUGUAUUAAAACAGUUCAAUGCGAAUGAGGCUACAGAAAAAUUAUUGGAAAUAUUUUUAGUGUUCGGUGCGCCGAAUGUUUUACAAUCAAAAAAUGGAAUUACUUUUGUCGAACUCAUAGUGAAACAAAUAAGGUACAUUUGUCCUGAAAUAAGAAUAGUAGCUUCAGAAACGAAUUUCAACGAAAACGUAUACAAUGGAAGGAAUAAUAAAGAUAUUCUAAAGUUGUUAAAUGAUUGGUUAAACAAAACACAGAGCGUGAAGUGGUACGAGGGUGUCAAAUUUGUUCAGCAUUCGUUGAACACGGCCUUCAACGAGGUUUUGUGUCAUUCGCCAAGCGAAAUGGUGUUUGGUAUGAAUCCUUGGAAAGGCCUUACGUCGAUGUUACCUGAAAACGUAUACCGAGAUCUGAGCACCGAAGAUGAUUUAAAAAUAUUUUUGGAUCAGUACACAAUAGAGGUUCAAAAUCAAAAUCAGUUGAAUCCAGUCGAAUCUUCACUAUUGCCAGUUAGUUAAAGCAAAAAUAGAGCGGAAAUUUAUACCAGAGAAAAAAUAUUUUUUCUAUCCUCUAUUACUACCGCAGCACCAAUUGUUGUUUGUUUACAUGAAGCAUAAAGC